AUGAUGACUAAAAUGUUAACAAUUAUAUUCAGUGUGUUAAUUGUGUUAUGCUCCAGUUCUCCUGAAUGUGGCCCCAAUUAUUUCGAGGGUGACAAAUGGUUUGAUGGGUGUAAUUGGUGUACGUGUACGGAUAAUAAAGAGAAGUGUACUAACGCAACGUGUACGGAGUAUCAAGAUGAACUGGACAAUUCCCCCUGUCAAAAACUUGGUGAAUCGUGGCGAGACGGCUGUUAUCACUGUCGUUGUCUACCGGAUGGAAUUCGAUGUCGAGCGAAUAAGCGAUGUGUGCAUGCUCUAAAAUCUGACGAUUUGAAUUGCCCAGUCGAUGGAUUGUGUGUUUGUGGUUUAGACGGGGUUCCGUCUUGUAACGAACAAAUCAUGUCUCGGUUUUCCUUUAAAAAUGUACCCGAACUUGGCCCGGACACGUCAAGCGAUAAAAAACUGAUCCUGAGUUCGAAAGGUGAAAAUACAUUGAGGCUAAAUCCGGACGAGGCGGAAACUGAUUUAGGUGACAAGGAUUUGCACCUUAUACCCACUGACGAUAAAUUAUGUCAUCUCGGUCCACGCUGGUAUGGGGGCGGCCUCCGGUGUUAUUGCGACCCACAGAACGGUGUCGCUUGUGGUAAUCCGAGAUUUAUAGCUAGGAAAGUCGAUGGAUUUAAGAUACGCAGUAAAAAAUGUAGAGUGNGUAAAAUCUGGGAAGAACGCUGUAGAAUCUGCACGUGUAAAAAAUCUGGAUUAUCAUUGUGUCGGAUUGAUCGAGAGUGUACCAAAAAUAAAAAUAUACGACAUUCUGUUAAAAGUAUAGUG